AUGUCUUCCCUAAACCUUUACGUCGCUGUUUGCAAGGCCCGUGACCGUGACCCUGGUCAUGCUCGUCACUGGAUGCUUGUCAUAGUCGAAGAGGGUUCUUCUUCACUAGCAACCUGGUACCACUGCACCGGUGGGCCAACACAAGGUAAGCCGUACAUUGUGGUCAUCGAACAGAAGCCAUUCGACAACAAGGGUAUCGAGAAGUACCACCCCAUCGGCGAGAUCUCUUCCAAGGACAAGAUCAAGGCUGCUGCCCAGCGAAUUCCUGGACUAUUCUGCCAGAGAUGGGUAGUCAACGUACUUGGGGACCUUGAGAAGCGAGGCAUCAUUCCUGAGGGCAUUUGGUCCGAUUGGUAUGUUGCUAUGGAAGUCGAUCCUUACUCUGACGAUGGCGCCCCUUGUGGAUUAAGCCCAAGUAGUGAUGGCGAAUGCACUGACUCCAGCUCCAUUCACACUUCUUCUAACGAUCAUUCCAAGACUACACAAACGGCUUAG